CGUAGCUGCAGUCCUCGGCUGUAUUCCGGUUUUCUCCAAGUGGAACAGAUAUGUUGGGUCCAUUGCAGGGGAGCAAGGAUGUGCUUUAUCAGAGCCUCUGGCCCUUCAACCGAAAGAAAUGCAGCCCAGAAAGCAGUGCUUCCUUCUUCAGCAAGAUAACAUAUUCCUGGUACAGCAGAGUUAUAACUUUAGGCUAUAAGAAACCUUUGGAAAGAGAUGACUUGUUUGAACUUAAUGAAAAUGAUUCAUCCUACGUUGUAUGUCCAGAUUUUGAAAAGCAGUGGAGAAGGCAAAUUUUAAAGUCAACUAAAGACAUAAAGGUGCCUGUAUAUAAAGAUCUAACAAGGAAAGCAUCUUUCCAGAAAGUAUGUCUAUUGUCACCACUGUGGCAAACAUUUAAAGUUGGAUUGAUCAAGGUUACUAUUCUGAAAGUUACGGCGGAUUUUUUCUCGUUUUUGAGCCCACAGAUUAUGAAAGAAAUGAUUGAUCUCUGCGAGCAUCAUUCUGGCUCAUACUGGAAUGGUUAUGGGUUUGCAGUUGCUCUUCUUCUUGUGGUUGUUCUGCAAACGCUUGUCCAUCAGGCUUACCAACGUCUUAACAUGCUGACUGCAGUAAAAAUUAAGACGGCAAUGGUUGGCCUCCUAUAUAAAAAGGCCUUGCAUUUGUCUAGUUCUUCACGACAAAAAUAUACUACGGGUGAAAUAGUUAACUUGAUGUCAACAGAUGUCCAGCAACUCAUGGAGCUGACCAUCAAUCUCAACCUGUUAUGGUCAGCACCUUUUCAGAUACUGCUGGCCAUCAUCUUCCUUUGGCAAGAACUGGGCCCUGCUGUGCUAGCAGGUGUUGGAGUGCUGCUUUUGGUUGUACCUAUAAAUGUUUAUGUAGCUGCCAAAGUGAAGCAACUCAAGAAAAGUCAAUCGAAGAACACUGAUCAGCGAGUUAAACUUUUAAACGAAAUCUUGCAUGGCAUAAAGAUUCUCAAGCUGUAUGCAUGGGAACCUUCAUAUCAGAAAAAAAUCUUGAACAUUCGGGAAGGUGAAAUAGCUGUUUUGAGAUCAUCUGGAUACCUGACAACAUUUUCCAUGCUGACACUGACUUGUAUUCCAUUCCUGGUCUCUCUAGCUACAUUUGGAGUCUAUUUUCUGUUGGAUGAAAAAAAUGUUUUAACUGCAGCCAAAGUGUUUACCUCUAUUUCAUUGUUUAAUAUUUUACGACUUCCUCUGUUUGAUUUUCCUACGGUGAUUUCUGCCAUAGCUCAGGCCAAGGUUUCUGUGGGUCGUUUAGAGAAUUUUCUGUCUUCGGAAGACCUUGAUCCCCAAAACAUCAGCACAGACUAUAGAGGAGAUCAUGCAGUUAGAUUUGUUAAUGCCUCUUUCCACUGGAAGAAGAUUGGAAACCCAACCUUACAUAAACUGAGCGUAGAGAUUCCAGAAGGCUCACUAGUUGCUGUUGUGGGUCAGGUUGGAGCUGGAAAGUCAUCUUUCCUUUCUGCUGUUCUUGGAGAAAUGGAGAAAAUUGAAGGAACAGCUCAGAGAAAAGGUUCAGUGGCUUAUGUGUCUCAGCAAGCCUGGAUACAGAAUUCCACUUUACAAGAAAAUGUCCUCUUUGGCUCAGAACUGAACAAACUCUAUUACAAAAGGGUUUUGGAGGCCUGUGCUUUGUUGCCAGAUUUGGAGCAGUUACCAAUGGGGGAUCAAACAGAAAUUGGAGAAAGGGGUGUGAAUAUAAGUGGUGGCCAGAAGCAGAGAGUGAGCCUAGCUAGAGCUGUGUACAGUAAUGCGGAUCUGUAUUUAUUAGAUGACCCCUUAUCUGCUGUAGAUGUGCAUGUUGGAACACAUCUUUUUGAGAAAGUGAUUGGGUCCUCAGGGUUAUUAAAAAACAAGACACGUAUUUUAGUGACCCACAACUUGACACUUCUAUCUCAGACAGAUAUUGUAAUAGUGAUGGAAGAUGGUAAAAUUACUGAAAUGGGAAGUUACAAAGAACUGUUGUCCAAAAGAACAAACUUUGCUGAGCUUGUUCUGACAUUUGGUGGAGGAAAGGAAAAUAAAGAAAUUCUCUCAAGAUCAAAAUCUUAUCCGAAAGACAAUAUUAAAAUAAGAGAUCAAGUUGUACCAAAGAAAAGGCAGUAUUUGGAGCAUAAAAAUGUGAGCACAUUCUCAAUGAAGAAGGAAAAAGUUGCUACUGGUACUAUAAAAAUGUCAAUUAUUUUGAAAUACCUACAAGCCUUUGGCUGGUCUUGGAUGUGGCUAACCAUAGCUGCUUACUUGGGUCAAAAUGUUAUAGCCAUAGGACAAAAUCUGUGGCUCAGCACAUGGACAGCAGAAACUAAACAACUUAAACACUUCACAGAAUGGAAGCAGUUAAGAAACUACAAAUUUGGCAUCUAUGGGCUCUUGGGAUUCAUACAGGGUCUUUUAGUUUGCUUUGGUGCAUAUGUGAUUACUAGAGGAUCUCUGUGUGCCUCUCGGGCACUACAUCACCAGAUGCUAGAUAAUGUACUGCACCUUCCGCUUCAGUAUUUUGAAACGAAUCCUGUAGGCCAGAUCAUCAACAGGUUCACAAAGGACAUAUUUAUUGUUGAUAUACGUUUCCAUUAUUAUCUACGAACCUGGCUGAAUUGUACUCUGGAUGUGGUUGGAACAAUCCUUGUAAUUGUUUACGCAUCACCCCUUUUCAUGCUGGUGGUUGUUCCGCUUGGAUACCUAUAUUUCACUAUCCAACGAUACUAUAUAGCUAGCUCCCGACAGAUUCGAAGAUUGGCUGGUGCUUCUCACACACCUGUAAUUUCACACUUCACUGAAACACUUCUGGGUGUUUCUACAGUUAGAGCCUUUGGACAUCAGGAAAGAUUUAUAAAUCAAAACAAAGAUGUGAUCAAUGAGAAUCUGGUUUGCUUCUACAACAAUGUAAUCUCAAACAGAUGGCUGGCUGUCCGACUUGAAUUUCUGGGCAACUUGAUGGUUUUCUUUGCUGCGUUGUUUGCAGUCUUUGCUGACGGCAAAGUGGAUUCUGCCACAGUGGGACUGUCAAUAUCUUAUGCACUCAAUAUAACACAAAGUUUGAAUUUUUGGGUCCGCAAAGCAUGUGAAAUUGAAACCAAUGGGAUUUCCAUUGAAAGGGUUUGUGAAUAUGCAAAUAUAGACAAAGAGGCACCCUGGAUACUAUCCAGCCGCCUUCCAACAGGUUGGCCUAAUGAAGGUGUAAUACAGUUUGUCAAUUACCAAGUUCGGUACAGGCCAGAUCUAGGUUUAGCUCUGCAGGGAAUAACUUUCCAAACUGGAAGAGAAGAAAAGAUUGGAAUCAUUGGAAGAACAGGUGCUGGCAAAUCAACUCUCACAAAUUGCUUAUUUAGAAUAAUAGAAAGAGCUGGAGGCAAAAUAAUCAUAGAUGGAAUUGACAUAUCAACUGUUGGCUUACAUGAUUUACGUGGCAAUCUAAAUAUUAUUCCACAGGACCCAGUCUUAUUCUCAGGGACACUCCAAUCAAACUUGGAUCCUCUUGGAAAAUAUUCUGAUCUUGAAUUGUGGAAUGUACUGGAAUUGUGUGACCUGAAGAAUUUUGUGCAGUUGCUUCCAAACAAACUUCAACAUGAAAUUUCAGAGGGUGGCGAAAAUCUGAGUGUGGGGCAGAGACAGCUUGUCUGCCUUGCUCGUGCUUUGUUACGGAAGACAAAAGUUUUGAUCUUGGAUGAAGCCACAGCCUCUGUUGAUAUGGAAACAGAUAACCUUGUGCAAGCUACAAUCCAGAAAGAAUUCUGCAACUGCACAGUACUAACCAUUGCUCACAGGCUGCAUUCCAUCAUGGACUCUGACAGAGUGCUAGUUCUUGAUUCUGGAAGAAUUGCUGAAUUUGAUACACCACAGAAUUUGUUGCAACAGAGAGGCAUAUUUUAUGAAAUGGCAUCACAAGCUGGAAUACAUCAGGAAGAAGUUAGCCUACAAUGAACACUGUGCAUAUUUCUUUUUGUUCUUGAAUUAUGUGAAUAGUACUAAAGAAAGAAGAGUGUCAUUUGUAUAACAUGAUGUUAAAGAAAUCUAUUAAGUAGGCUGCCCAUUUUAUAAAUGCUUUUAGUUUUACAUGAAUUUUAUGGAUUUUUAUGGAAUUUUCCAAUUUGACCCCAGGAUAUUCAUACUACACCUUCAUAUGGAAGAUCUUUUGAUAUUUAAGUGAAAGUAAUUUGAUACUUUGAUCUGUGCCUUUAGUUAUAGGGCCACAUAUGGUGGGACUCUGCCAUGUUUCAGUAAAGCCUGUUUCCUCUUCCUCAGCAUUCAGUUUCACUAGGCCAUUGCACUAAUCAGAAAGUCUGUAGAUACUUCCCUCUGCAAGUUUUUCUUCUCUUCAAUGUGAUUUAUUUGAGUAACAUACAAAUUCAGUAGCAAAAUACCCCACUCCAUUUUAUUUAAAUCAAAUAUGCAUGAUUUUGAGAUGUCCAAAACUCUUGGUUGGGCUUGAUAAAAGACGUUGAUCUGUCAAGCACAGGGCCCUUCAGCUUGUAGUCAAGUCUUUGGGAACUAUAAGCUACCUAGCAGAAUUUUCCACUGUACCCUGACUCAUUUAUCCUUCUCAUUGUCCUCUUUAUACCUUCCCUCUUGCCUUUUUUGUACUGUACAUAUAGCCUAAGGAAAUUCUGGGCAAUUCAAAGUUUCUGAUAAUUUGGUUGACCCUACUAAAAAGAAUGAAAACUUUUUUUAAAAAAAGUUUGAACUUGGAGUUUAUCAAGAAAUUUUAAAAAGCAUACUCUUCAGUGAAAAUCAUUUUGAAGGAAUGGUUUGAUUUUUGUACAAUUACUAAUUCCGGUAGAAAUAUACACACUGCACAUUUCAGUGUUUUCCCCCCUAUUUUUCUGCAACUAUAUUUGGAACCCACGUAACUAACAUCUUGUAUGAAACGGUACUCUACAAACUAGCAACUUGGUCUUUAUCAUGUUUGAAGUAUAUUGUACCAUCUUUUCCUGCUAAGAACAGUAUAUUCUUUGUGUGCAAGGCAUGUUCACUGGUAGGAUGUGCUGAUGGAACAAUUCACCCUAAGCUCCCUUCCACCCUUUUCAGUUUACCAAGCAGGUAAACUCCCAAAUGCCCAGCUGGAGAGAGCAUCUCAUGACAAAGACAAUGCAACCUUGUAAGAGGACAGAAUGCCUUUAGGAGAAGAGGUAUUACCUUUAAGAAAAGUCCCUGAAUAGAAAAACUCUAGCCCAUCAGGGACCGGGCUAGGGACAUGACCCAAACAUGCUGGUUUUUGAUGUACAUAAAAUUACCUUUUAAAAAAAAUAAGAAACAAGCAUCCUUUCAUAAUAUUUCAUGAAAAAUGAAAUGAUUAAAGUCUUUGAUUUUCUCUCCACUAAGCAUACUUAUUAAUAAACUUUCUGUAAAAGACAUCUAGUGGAUAUUAUGCAUACACUGCCUGGUUAAUUAAGAGGUUUUAACACCAAAUACAUUAAAAUGAAACCUAACUUUUCCACAAGAGGCAGGCCUCAACUAUAUUGCUGAAAAUUAAAAACAAAACUCUGCCCCCUCAAAAAUGCAUUUAAUGAUGUUCCUGAUUCCAAGGUACCUCUUGCCAGCACAUUUAUCACUCAAGUCAUAAAUUGUAAUUUGCUUUUCAACUGUGUGUUAGAAAUGCCUUUUGCAAACUGGUUUAUGCUUCCCAUUCCAAAAGCAAAAUGAUUCACUUCAAAUUUGCCUUUACAAAGAAUGCACUAAGCAAGCUUUUUCAGAUAUGGCAUAUUUGGGGACUGAUGUCACAAUGAUCUUUGGAACUAUGAAAUAUUUAUACUAUUUAAUUUUUGUAACUCUAUUAUAAAUUAUUUGAAUAAAAUGAGUU